AUGUUACGUUUAAUACCUACGUUUAUUCGACAAUUCGCUUUUACGGUGCAUCGUUCUGCUAGCCGAUCAUCAAAUUCUCAUUCAAAUAAUGAACCUCGUGUUCAUCUUCAUCCAGGAAAUCAACAAACAAUCGAAGAACUUGCUCAAAAUAUUCCCAAACAACGCAAACAAGAUAUUGAACAAUUAUAUGAAUUUGAAAAACUUGAAAUUAAUAAUCAACCAUCAGCUCGUGAUGAAUAUCGUCAUGAACUCAAACGAGGAGAAAACGGUGUCUUCGAUUUAGACGAUCUCGUGCAAUUACUUCGUGAUGAACGCAUGAAAGAUAUAUGUGUUAUUGAAAUUCCACCUGAACAGCAAUACGCACGAUAUUUAAUAUUAGCUACUGCUUUCAGUGGUCGUCAUUUGACAAGUACAAGUGAAUAUGUUAAUAAAUUAUAUAAAGCCAAAAAGAAAUCCAGUGAUCCCUACUUAAGUAAUGAUUGUCGUGAUGGUUCAAGAUGGCAUGCAAUGGAUAUGGGCUAUAUAGUAUUGCACUUGAUGGACGCUGAAACACGUGAGCAGAAUGAUCUUGAAACAUUAUGGUGUGUUGGUCCAAAAUAUGAUGAUCAAGUGUAUACAAUUCAACAAUCAUUAAAUGAAAUCAGAAAAAUGGAUGAACAAUUGAAAGAAGAAGAAGUGCUAACAACUGUUGAAAAAUAUGGACCACUUGAUAAUCCCUAUUCACAUCUUCGCUACCCACUCGAAGGUCCCGGUGUAUUUCAAGAUCCACCACCACGAAAACAAAUGACAUUAGGCGAUCUUCCACAUAAAAAAAAUGUUGAAGAACAAGUCAAUAUUGAAGUAGAAAAAGAAUUUAUCGAUUUACCAAGUGAUCCAAAACCACCGGUUUAUAAAGGACAAAAAGUCAAUUGA